AUGAAAACCAGGAGAGAACCAGAAAAACCUGAUGGAUCGAGCGAAGAAGCCGUCGAGGCCAUCGCAGGGAUAGAAGGCAAUGGCAGGAAGGAGGACAGCACCAGGCCAUGCAGAGAGUACACAUGCAGUAUAUGCUACUCACAGCCAGAAGGCCCAGUGCUGACCCCGUGCGGACAUCUGUUCUGCUGGGGAUGCAUAUACAUAUGGUCGCAGUCAACAGGAGGAUGCAAGUUCUGUCCAACAUGCAGGUGCAGGAUGGGGAUUGAGGAGGUCAUAUCUGUGCUGGCUGUGGACUCAAAGAAGGAGAGCAGAGGGCUUCCCCCAAGGCCUGCAAACAACAGAAAGUUGGUGAAGGUGAUAACACCCGGGAUAAAGAUCAACGGCACAAGAUUUGGAGGCUGUUUCCUGCAGGAGGAGGAGACAAACGUGUUUUCAUACAGGACGGCGAUAGGGCUAUUUACACUCAUGUGCAUACUAAUUUCGGUAACCCUGAAAUCGUAUCUCUUUGAAAGUGAUAGCACAUAA